AUGACUUUGACAAGCAGGACUUCGGAUAUUGCGGUGUUAUUAAGUCAUUCUCAUAUGUCUCUGGAAAACGAGCGUUUCGAUUUGCUGCAGGGAAAAUCAAUGACUUGGGAUUAUAGUCACACAACAAUCGGAGCGGCAGAAUAUACAUCAAUUGUAUCUGAUAUUGCGAUAGACUUUAGGUCAAGAAAAGCCAUCGAUAGAGUCAAAGGACGACUCGAUCAAGCGAGCAGUGAUGAACUCUCAAAAAGCCGCCUUUCUCCUCCUAUGUUCAUGCUGACAGAACCAAAUAGACUCGUGCUGCAGGACCAGACUAAACGUGUCUUUCCUUACUAG